GCGCAUACACCAUUCGUUCUUAGCGUCACUGGCCAUUAUUGUGUCGAUUUCAUUUUGCCUCGGAUCGAGCGCGAAAAUCCCAAAGAUUCGCCGUGUGUUGUGUCUGUUAGUGGUUUAUAAUGAACAGCGGUAUUCGCGUGCUUAAUCCGAGCAUGGAAGCAAUAUCUUUAGAUUCGACGAUCACCGUCGAAGAAUCGGAGACGGACAUAAUCGAGCUGGAUUCGAGUUGCGACACGGAAGUCGCUUGCCUCGACGGCAAUCCAAUCUAUGAUCCGAAGAACAACGAGAACUCAUCGGAUCGGGACGAUGUCGACGCAAAAACCGAGGUGACAACUCACUCGUCGAGAGAUUUACAGUCCGUCUCGUCGAAUGACGGUGCUCCGCAACCCCUUUUUAAGGUUAUGUUUCGCGACGAGAGUACCUCAAGACAAUAUCGACAACAAAUAAAAGAUUUUUUGCACACUUUAGUGCAAUCAAAACCAUCCCACGAGCAAGAUAUAAAUGUAUCAAGUUUGAUUUUAGAAGUUUGGGAUAGUAAAGAUAAUUCCAAAGAUCAAGAAUCGUUUGUCAAUGUAGAAGACAAUAGUGCAUUAAAUGAUAGCACAGAAAACAAAACUGAUACAUGUGAUGUAAUACUAUCAAUGUUUACAAUUGAUAAAAAACCAAAUUUUAUGAAUGAUUUGGAAGUUCCGACAUAUGGACGACAAAAAUAUGAGGCUAUUACUGAAGAAUCAGUCUCUGUGACAAGAAAAGAUUGCGCACCAAAACUAAAUUGCUUCAAUUGUAAUGGAAAUCAUAAUUUGCGAGACUGUCCAUUGCCUAAAAAUCAAACUAAUAUUAAUAAAAAUCGUAAAGAAUUUGCUAUAAAAAACAAUACAGGAGUUCGGUAUCAUAUGAGCGAGGAUCAAAGGUUUAGUCAUAUGAUUCCUGGUCAAUUAAGCCACAAACUACGAAAGGCUCUAGGAUUGAAAGACAAUCAACUACCUAAGCACAUAUAUAGAAUGAGAUUACUUGGCUACCCUCCAGGGUGGUUGGAAGAAGCGCGCUUACAACAUUCUGGAUUAUCAUUGUUCAAUUCUGAUGGAGUAGCGGAAGCUGAUCCAAAUGAAGAAGAGGGAGAAAUCAUUACAGAUGUAGAUAGAGAUCAAUAUGACAUAAAAAAAAUAUAUGACUUUCCUGGUUUUAAUGUGCCAUGUGCUCCUGGUAUCAUUGAUGAUAGUCAUAAAUAUUGGGCACCAAAAAUACAACCUAUGCAUAGUAAAGAAAUAAUGUUAUUACACUUACAAGGUAAAAAAACCGAUGACGGUUAUAAGCGGAAAAAGUUGAAAUUAUCUACACCAAUAGUAAAUACAUUAGAAAUGCCUAGUGAUAUGGAAAUAGAAGAUGCAGGAGGAGACAAUGUGGAAAAUGUGUCCCUUAAUGGGCAUUUUAUACCACCUUUACCAACAGAAUCAGUGCCAAUGCCACCACCACCACCAUCUGAAUCAUUUCAAUCAAUAACGGAAGAUUCAGACUCACAGUCGCAAGAAUUGCCUUCCACCGAUUCUGUGGGUGAUACAAUCUUGACUGCGAAUUCGCCGUCUCUAUCUGACUUAGAAAGUACACAAAAAACAUUACUGAUAGAACUUGAAGAUAAUAGUUCACAGUCCAAUCCUAGUUCCACGUCACUUAAAAACGAUUUAAACAAUACAUUUGACAUAUUUUCCAGUAUAGCGGUUACACCCCAAUCCAAUUGCUCUUCUAUCUCUCGAGAACGCUCAAAUACUAACAAAGAUUCUAUAGAAUCACAGUGUCAUCUUGAUAUAUCAUUUAAUAAUGAGUUGAAUAGCAGAUUGAACACAUCAGUUUCCAAUGAAACAAAAAUGUCUCAAUGCAGUUCUACUCCAAUCCAAUCUUCUAAAUUUUUAAAUACAAAUCAAAGUUCUGUCAAAUCGGUGCACUUAGGUACACCGAUAUUGCCAAGUACUUCCCCAUAUAAUAAAUUACCAUCAUCAGAAAAGUUUUCCAAAGAUAUUUGCGAUGUUAUCAAUUUCGAAAAUUUACCUGAUUCGACAGGUAAAUAUGAACAAAUAUCGGGAGUAAUACAAAAAGUAAGAAAUACCAUGGCAAAACUGCAUCAAUAAGCAUAGAUAAUUUACAGAGGGACUGAUAUAUCAUUUAGUAAGUAUAUCAUAUUUAUACACAAAAGUUAGAGCAAAUAAUAUCUAGGAUUAUGAAUGAAAAUAUUUAAAUGCCAUUUAAAAGAGUUAUUCUGUAUUUUUUCUUGUCAAUGAAAGAAGAUAUAUGAUGUGAUCCUUUUAGAUUUUUGGACAUUUAAUAAGUAACAAAUUAAGUGUUCAUAUGUACACCCAAAGAUUUUAAACACCGAUCCGCUUUUCUCUUCUUUUUUUUUUU